UUGUCUAUGAAAGUCUGCAACCAAAAACCCAAAAAGGAAAAAAAAGAAAGAAAGAAAAAAGAAAAAAAAAAAAUCCCUUUAGCUUCCUCUUCCAUAGAUCUGCUGCAGCUGCCUUUGCCUUUGAGGUUUCUCCUUAUCGCCAUCUCUCCGAUCUCCGGCUUCCUCAUCGGCGCCACCGUCUCAUUUUUCCCUUAUUCUUUUAGGGUUUUCUUCCAUCAUUCCCACCAUAGACAAUCAACGAUUCGCCAUUUUUAACAAACUUAACAGAUUAAUUAACUAUUCUUACCUUCUAGGGUUUUCUGCUUCCGUUUUUUGUCACCCUGGAUCUACCCAUCUUCGUACUUAACGCAACUGGGUUUUAGGAUUUGGGGAUUUUGCAUGCUGUCCUCGGUGAACUGAGCUUUACUUUUUCCUCUGCGUUUUUUAUAGUUGCGAAAAUGGCAGCUUAUUCUGGAUCUGUCAGCGCUGUCCAGGUUGGGUCUUACUUUGUGGAGCAGUACUACCAUGUUCUUCGGCAACAACCUGACCUUGUUCACCAAUUUUACUCCGAAGCUAGCUCCAUGAUUCGGGUUGAUGGUGAUUCCUCUGAGACUGCUUCCACAAUGCUGCAAAUACAUACACUUAUCAUGUCGCUAAAUUUCACUGCAUUUUCAAUCAAGACGAUCAACUCAAUGGAUUCUUGGAAUGGGGGUAUUCUAGUAGUGGUUUCAGGUUCUGCAAAGUCAAAGGAGUUCAAUGGGAUCAGGAAGUUUGUGCAGACAUUUUUUCUUGCUCCUCAAGAGAAGGGUUACUUUGUUCUUAAUGACAUCUUUCAUUUCAUUGAGGAGGAGGAGAUAGUUCAGCACAAUCCGUUGCCUGUAAUAUCAGAAAAUAAAUUUGAAGCUGAACUAAGUGCUCCUAGCUCCAUUCCAGAGCCACCAGUUUCCGACUAUGUUUUGGAGGAGAAUGCAAGGGAGUAUGUGGACUCGGUUCAUAUAGAAGAUGAUCCAGUUGAUAAAUACAGCCUUCCUGAGCAACAGCAACAAGAAGAAUUUGAAUCCGAAGUUGUUGUGGAGGAGGCACCUGUGGAGGAUUUGGUUGCUUCGCAUCAAAAUGUGGUUAACAGUGUUCAGGAGCCUCUUUCUGCAGUGAUUGACGAACCCAUUGGGGAGCCAGAAAAGAGAACAUAUGCUUCCAUUUUGAGAGCUGCUAGAGCAGAAUCUGCGCAAUCAGCUAUUCCCCAACCAUCAUUUUAUCCAAGUGCUCCGGCUACUUCUGAGUGGAACCAUAUUCCAGAACCAGCCCCACAACAGAUAAACCCUGUACCAUCAUAUGCCCCUGAAUCUGGAGCAGAUACAAUGGAAGAAGGUUAUGGUGUGGAGGAUGAAGGUGAACCAAAAUCUGUCUACGUUAGAAACUUGCCACCCUCUGUUACUGAAGCUGAAAUUGAGCAAGAAUUUAAAACUUUUGGCAGAAUUCUACCUGAUGGGGUAUUCAUUAGGUCUCGUAAGGAAAUUGGGGUUUGUUAUGCUUUCGUUGAGUUUGAAGAUAUUCUUGGUGUUCAAAAUGCUCUAAAGGCGUCUCCAAUUCAAAUAGGUGGAAGGCAAGUCUACAUUGAGGAACGGAGGCCAAACAGCAGUGGUGCUCGGGGAGGAAGAAGGGGAAGAGGGAGAGGUAGUUACCAGUCAGAGGCCCCAAGAGGACGAUUUGGUUCUCGGAGUUUGGGUCGAGGAAGCAGCCAGGAUGGCAGUGACUAUGGUCGGUUGAGAGGCAACGGUUUCCCUCAGCGGGGUUACCACAAGGUUCAAUAGUAUCAUCAAUCAUCCAGUUGUUUGUGCAUAACCAUUAUGGAGAUGAAACUUUGGAGGAGUUUUUGAUAUGAAGGUGGUUACUAUGUUUGAUGGUUCAAAGAAAGCAAGCGUCUCCGGUGUGUGGUUUAGGGAAUUGGUUUGUACUUUGUGUUUUGAGCGUGUGAGUUGACGUUACUGAAAAUGUUAAUUUGUGAGGAACUAAUUAUUAAGUUAAGAUGGUAAUUUUCCCCCUUGGAUGGUUUUUGAGAUGCAAUUCAAGUGGGGAAAUUUUGGCAUUUCAAGUAAAAGCACUUGUUAGGCAAUGUGAGGGAAAAAGACUUAGAGAUGAUCUUUUUCAUUAAAUCUUAUACUGAACUUAUUUGCUUUUGCCCUA